AUGCCAUCAUAUGCGAAAUUCUUGAAAGAACUUCUCAUGAAGAAAAGAAAGUAUAUUGAGAAGGAAACUAUUGACCUGCAAGGUAACUGCAGUGCGAUCAUACAAAAGAUGUUACCUCCUAAAUUGCAAGAUCCAAGGAGUUUUACCAUUCCAUGUACAAUAGGGGAGUUAGAAGGUGGAAGAGCCUUGAUUGAUUUUGGAGCUAGCAUUAAUUUAAUGCCCUUGUCUAUGUUCAAGAAAAUUAAAGGGUUGGAACUUAAGCCAACAAAGAUGACUCUUCAAUUGGCGGAUAGAUCUCUCAAAUAUCCAUUUGGAGUAGCUAAAGAUGUAAUAGUAAAGGUAGAUAAAUUUUUGUUUCCAGUGGAUUUUGUCAUAAUGGAGAUGGAAGAGAAUGGAGAAGCUCCUCUGAUUCUUGGAAGACCAUUUAUGAAGACAACAAGGAUUGUGAUUGAUGUAGAGAAUGGUAAACUUAAAGUCAGAGUGCAAGAUGAAGAGGUGAAUUUUUAUGUGUUUCAUGCAAUGUCACAUCCUAAAGAUGAUAAAGCAUGUUUUCAAGUGGACAUUGUGGAUGAACUCUAUAUGAUGCAAGGGAAUAGAGUGUGCGACGUAUCUUUAUUGGAAAGGACUAUUAUUGAUGAAUGUAAAGAUUUGAAUGAAGAGGAGGAAAAAUUGAUGGAAGGAUGUGUUAGGGAUUUGGAGUCAUCGAAAGAAAUUCCAAUAGAAGAAGUUAGUUUUGAAAAAAUUGAGCUCAAGGAGAAAGUUAAAGAAAGUAAGAUUGAGUUGAAAGAGUUGCCACCACAUUUGAAGUAUGUGUUCUUAGAAGAUAAUGGAGGGAAGCCAUUUAUUAUUAGUAAUUCAUUAUCACCAAAAGAAGAAGAAAAGUUGGUGGAGGUUUUGAAGGUUAAUAAAGGUGCUAUAGGGUGGUCAAUUUCAGAUCUUAAGGGUAUAAGUCCCACAUAUUGCAUACAUAGAAUUCUUAUGGAGGAUGAUUAUAGGCUAGUGGCUCAACCAGAGAGGAGGCUUAAUCCUGUCAUGAAAGAUGUAGUAAGGAAGGAAGUAUUGAAGCUUUUGGAAGCAGAAGGAAUUGUUUUGGGACAUAAGAUUUCAGUUAGGGGGAUUGAAGUGGAUAAAGCAAAGGUGGAGGUUAAUGAAAAACUUCCACCACCUACAAAUGUAAAAGGAAUUCAGAGUUUAUUAGGUCAUGUUGGGUUUUAUCGAAGAUUUAUUAAAGAUUUCUCUAAGAUUGCUAAGCCGUUGAGUAAUUUGCUUGUCAAGGAUACACCAUUUGUGAUGAGUAAAGAAUGUGUACAAGCUUUUAAUGUUCUAAAGAGCAACUUAAUUUCUGCUCCUGUGAUUGUGGCUCCAGAUUGGAGUAAAGACUUUGAGCUGAUGUGUGAUGCUAGUGAUUAUGCCAUAGGUGUUGUGUUAGGCCAAAGAAGGGAAAAGGUAUUUCAUGCCAUUUACUAUGCUAGUAAAGUCUUGAAUGAAGCUCAAUUGAAUUAUGCCACUACAGAAAAGGAAUUUUUGGCUAUAGUUUAUGCAUUGGAGAAGUUUAGAUCCUAUCUCAUCGGAUCUAAAGUGAUUAUUUAUACUGAUCAUGCAACCAUUAAGUAUUUGUUGACAAAGCCAGACUCAAAGCCACAAUUAAUUAGAUGGGUGCUUUUGUUACAAGAGUUUGAUGUAGAGAUUCAGGAUAAUAAGGGAAGUGAGAAUUUAAUCGCUGAUCAUUUAUCUCGGUUAGUCAACAAGGAAGUUACAAGCAAGGAUAAGGAAAUCUGGGAGUCGUUUCAGAUGAAGCACUUUUGUAUAUUCAGUAGAGGCCAUGGUUUGCGGAUAUGA